UUUACCUUUCUAGAUUUGUUCCACGGAAAAAAAUGCUUCGGUUUAACUAUCUACUGUCGAUGGAACGUUUAUGGUACAAUCCUUCUCGUUGCGGAAUAAGUGCGUUACCUACCGAAAAUAUUCAACCAGAUAGAGAUAAUGUACAAAUCGUUUGUACUCCCUCUGUUCAACACGAUACUACGCUGAGAGAAGAUAAAGUAGUAACCAACCAGCUGAAAUGCAGCAGUAGUUCUGAGCUAAGGCCAUCCUCAUUAGCAAACGUGAGCAAGAUAAACUCAAACCCAGCUGAAACAGAAAUGAAUGAUGGUCAAACACGCAACACAAAUGAUGUUCAGAAUAGAGAAAGAGUAACAACUGUAAUAGAAGCCAAUGAGACUACUCGUCUGGUUAAUGAUACAGAUAAAUCACCUGUGACAGUGAAGGGCAAAAAGAAAGAAAUGGAAGAGGAAAAUACUAUUAUUACUGAAGAGGGUCCUUCAAUCAUGGUAACAGCAGUUACUGUCGAUGAACCCAUGGCGUUAUCUGUUUCGACUACAUCCUCUAUUCUAGCACCACAGACACCAUCUCCCAUUGAUUCUGUUUUACAACACCAUCAUCAGCGUCAACAACAACAGCAACAACGAAAACAACAUCAGCAGCAACAGCAUCAUGAGGAUGGUUGUUCUUUAGCUAAAACCUUACCAAUAGCGCCAACAGUGACAGCAACACCAUUGGAAUCACGAAAUACAACGGCAUCGCUGUUUAGACGUGAAACGACUAAAUUAAAUAGAAGACGUAAAAGUCUCACUAAGAAAAUCAAAAAGGUUCUAUCGCACAGUAAAAUGGAGAUUAAAAGACAUUCCAUGUAAGCAUCUUUUAUGCUACUGCCCUCCAUGCUUGUUUGUUUACCUACGGGAGAACACAUGACAUUUAUAUAUCUAUACAUUUCUUGUACCCUAUUCAUUUAUAACUUAUUCCGGACCAUGCCCGACUUCUUAUAUAAUAUCUUAUCUUAUAUAUUAUUAUCCAAUAAAUCGUAAUUGAGAGCAUCAAAUGGUUUGCAUGGUGAUGUUGGACGCUGUUUGUAGAAAAUACAAAUCUUUCCAAAAGAGAUAAGCAGACAUAAAAGCUAUCAGUUAUAGAUGAGAGCCACUACAUCAAUUACAGAGUGCAAUGAAGUCUUUACGUUCUUUACUUUCUUUACGGAAACUGCCAG